CCAGAAAGAACUUCCAUCCUUACCAGAGAAGAAAGUCCACACCUCCAAACCUCUUAGUUGCACCUUCCCGCCGCGUGCCGUCGCCAUUCAGGGCCUGGUCCAUGGUCCACCGCCCAGGUCCCGGCCCGGGGUCAACCUGAGGGAAGGAAGCGUGGGAAGACUUGAGAGGGUACCUUCCACCGCACCUCUGAUAAUCGGCUGUGCCCAUGUGCCCAUCCCAUGUCCCUCGCGCUGCUUGCUGCCUUCCAAAAUUUCCCUAUUUUCCCCAAGGUCCUCCCGUACCUGCCGCAGAGUGCUCCUCUUGCCUCCCCUUCCCUUUCCCUCCUGCGCGUGAGUGUGUGUGUUUGUGUGGUUGCGAGCUUCGUCCCGCCUCAAAACACCAUCAUCGCCUUUCCCUUCUUCUCUCGCCUCGACGAGCCCGACCGUGACACGUCGAAUUUCCUUACAAGUCUCGGAUCUUAACUGCAUCCUCCUAAUUGUAUUCCUACCCGAAUAUCGUCAAUCAACCUUUGUUCGCCUUCACUUACUUACUCUCGUUCAGCCUCUUACCUCUCGCAACCCACCAACCUAGUGGUGCAGUUCCCCGAGUACCUAUUUCUGAAUCCCUUGGUCAACCUCCUUCCUGCGACGAAAUCUCGAUCCGAUUUCCAUGUCAAUAAGUUAAUCGCGACCCGAAUUCCCGAGCAUUCGACAGUCUCUCACCUUCCUCGGCCCCCACCUGGAGCUAUUUUCUCAAUUGACACCAGUUGAUCAACCACCUACCCGCCGUUUCGCCUCUUUUUCCCGACGACAACAAAACAACAACAACAACAACAACAACAGCUCAGUGUAAACGAUUCGGCCUCUUUACAAAAUCAAUUGAACGACUGCCCGAAUCCUUUUUGGUUACGACUAUCACUCGUCCAGCAUCUCUCAGAGCCACAAGCACUCUUUACUUUAGUUGUCAAACAUUCACGACGAUCUCCCGUUCGGCCCGCCAAGAAUUUCCUUCGGGACGACGAUCUGUGAAAUUUUUGGAAAGAUAGUCAUGAACGGGAUCCUUCUCUGACCAACGACUUCAAAUCGAGCCUUCCAAGCUGGUGGCCACGAGUUACGGAACGACAAUUUCAACCACCGGUAAAGGAAAGCCUACAGGCAGAGGAAGAGUGAUGGGUCAAAUAGCGAGAGCGGCACUUUCGUCAGUGCUGUCCGCGGCAGUGGUUUCGGCGCAGUCAAGCUGUAUUUCUCUGCAGGGCUCGACGACAUGUUCAGCUUUUCAAUCAGCAUCCGUUUCGACUACAGGCUUUGUGGCGGGGAUUUUCCCCUUCCUUCAAUAUGUGUCCAGCAGAGAAACAUUUGAUCAGCAGAUGUCGUCUUAUCUUGAGACAACAUACGUGCGGGAGAAGUAUCAAACACUACUUGGCUGUAGCAAUGUCAAUCUUACCAACCCGGACGAGCUAUAUGCACGUUUCACGGCUACAGUUGUCUGCAACUCAAUUGUUCAGAAUUCGAUCGACGCAUGCAAUUUGACUGCAUCCAACUCACGACCCGUGUGCGCCGACACUUGUGCCGAAUUCGCACAAAGUGAGGCUCUGCUCACCUCGGACAGCAGUCUCUGCGGCAAUCCGGGCAGCAAUCUCGUCAAUCAAAUUCGAGCAGACUUUACCAACUGCGCUCUGCCUGCCGGCUCUCUGUCAUCUUCCAACUGCAUUCAAGGCAUCGCCAACGAAAAGGAGAACUGUGGAUACGGCAACAGCACCGUGGGAUUGUGCUCCUAUUGCGCAUCUGGUGGUAUUAACUCUACUGACACAUGCUGCUACAACGCGAACAUCGACCAGCGUUGUGCCGGAGUCACGCUACCCUCCAUUUUCCCUACCAUGACCUUCGCACCCCCAACGGCAACGGCGACCCCGACCCCGUCAAAUACGGCAGCUGCAUCCAAAGGGCUAUCAGGUGGUGCCAUUGCUGGUAUCGUUAUCGGCAGCGUGGUAGGCGCCCUGUUGCUUGCCGGUCUCAUCUUCGCAUGUAUCUUGCUCGCCAAAAGAAGAAGACGUGGGAGCCAGAAGGGCAGUGUGUUCAACCAACCGUCGCCCUCUAGGCAAGGACCGUCUACGGUUAAGAUAGCACCGGCCCAGACCACGAGCGGUUACGAAGUCUUGCCCGGCGGCCGAAUCGCCCGAAUGUCAGCUUUGGAGAGCGCAUCAGACCCGGCUCCUGUUCCGCCUAGUCGCAACAGUGGCCCCCUCAUGGCCGCCGCCGCUGGAGGAGCAGCAGGAUAUAUGACGGGCAGGAGGAGAGGUGACGAUCCGUCUUCAUCCGAAUUUGGAGACAGCCCCGAGUCGGAAUCCAGAGCUGGUGUUCUACGGCCCCCUCCCACUAACAUCCGGAGGACGGGAUCUCUGUCUAGUAGCUCAGUCCUGGCGGAUCCGCAAUCGCCAACAAGCGCCGGGAUGUCGUCUCCACAAGGCAUGGCCAGCCAGCAAUCUGAGCAGCUGCCAUUCUUCAAGGAUUACUACUCUCAAGACGACAUCCACCCCGGCGAUAGAGUCGCUACACUCUGGGCCUAUCAACCCCGUGCCCCCGAUGAGUUUACUCUCGAACGCGGCGACAUGCUCAAGAUUGUGGGUAUCUGGGAUGACGGUUGGGCAACGGGUAUUCUGGUGGAUGAGAGGGCCGAUGAAUGGGAAGCUCGACGACAGGCCCAACGAGACAGCGGUGUUUCCAACACUUCUGGCCGGCAUCAAGACAAUUCGCCGCCCGUGAGCGGCGAGAUCAAGGCCUUCCCCCUCGUUUGCGUCUGCUUACCGGAACACUGGAGGAAAACUAUUGAAGGGGAUGUCUCGACAGAAGGUUCCAGCGCUCACCAAGGACACUCAUCUUUUUCAUGAAAACGCAAGACCAACUUACUGAGUUUUGCAUACACCUAAACGAAAAUAGUUGUCUUUUCAGCAUGGGCUACGGCGUUGAGGCAUCGAGCUUGUAUUGACUUCGGCCUCACAGAGAGGUCGAAAUUUCCCUUGGGCGACAUUGACCAGCGACUCUUAAUGAAACGUGCUUAACGUUUCCACCGACCGCAGUUCACUUGACUCCCUUGGCAUUUUGCACAUAGAGACGAAGUAACUACAUUUCUGCGACGACCCGCCUAAUGUCAUCAAUCCUAGACGAACGAACGAAACUUUCUUCUUCAACGCGGCAUCGCUUCGAAUCACGAUGACCACUCGGAAGCCUUCACAGACCAAUUCGAGCACCCCAUGCGAGUGGUUCUGAUGAGACAACGAUACGCGAUCUUAAUUUUAUGACGAACACGCACGCAAUGCGCUCUCCCCUUUCAUUUCGAACAAUCGACUUAUAUACCCAUGGUGCGGUGACGAGGUACUGAUGUUUGUGGAGUAAGAGGUCGGGGAGGGCCUAUGCGACAUACUUAAUGGCGGACUUUUUGGGCAGAAGAGCUGAGCCUGCGGCAGCGGAUAUGUCUGGCUUGUCGUCCUUGGUAUUAUCUGGUCACCACAUCGACUCCCGAUCGACUAGGUGGAGGCGAGGACAACGACAAAGCCUGGGCAGGUGGUCUUGAGGAGGUGAAUCGGAUUUCGUCUUAAUCGUUGGCCGUUGCGGCGCGAAACCUAUCCUGCUACACAUGGCCUGACGAUAUUACUUUGGCUUCCUCCUGUAACCUACUGGAUAGCCGCUCAAUUUACUUAGCUCAAAUUCCAAAGAGAGUUCUCUCAC